ACACACUUUGCACUUAGAUAUGUCAACAAGGAAAAUGAUGCUAACCUUUACUCUGGAAGAUGAGAUAAAUUGUACACAUUUCUUUUGCCUCCACUCUUAUUCAUUCUUUCAAUCAUGGAUGCUGCUGCUUUUAAAGAUCCAGAACCUCCUUCAUACACUGAAGCGCAGUCCUGUCCCUCUGUCCAACCAAUCAUUGAACUAAAACCAGACUCAGAAUGGACUUCACCUCCUUUAAUAACUGCUACUGCUCCUCCAAUGCCCAUUGCUCCUUCAAUGCCUACUACUCUUCCUAUGCCUACUGUUCCUCCUCUAUCUCCUGCUCCUCCUAUGGCUCCUGGUCAAAUACCAGUAGAUCUAAAUAUGCUGGUUACCCCUGAGCAACUAGAUGUAUUAUUCCAUGUUGCCAGAUAGCAGAUUUCGAUGCUUCAGAGACAGCAACAACAACAAUUACAAGAAGAAGCUAUGGGGACCUCGAUGGGGACAAUUCUUCAUUUAAUUAUUGUGAUUAUUAUAACAGUGAUUUGUGCUCUUUUUAAUAUCACUUCGCUAAUAUCGGUUGGCAUUCCAGCUAUUAUAUGUUCUUCGAUGGCAUACAGGAACAAGAAGAAAGAAAAGUAUGCAACUGCUAAGAAACUUGGGUACAUGGCUUAUUUUCUCAGUUUGUUUAAUAUAAUAUUCACUGCCAUAUUUGCUAUAAUGGCUAUAAUUGCCACUUCAUUCUCAUUUAUGUCCUGACACAGUAUUUGGCCUGCUUAUAAAUUAUUUUUUAAAUAUAAAUGUUUGUAAUAAAAUGUCAUUAAUAGAAAGGAGUUUCAAUAUGAACAUCACCUCCACAGCCAAAGUCAUCAGCUUCAAGAA